AUGGCUCGAGCUUCCGAGCUGAGCCCCGGCGAUGGGUCAAGGAGUCGUCAGAGAAGUCCUUCCUCCGCGGCCUCCUUCGCUGCUGGGGGCGGGGCAGUUGUCCACGGAGCAGUUUCCACAGGCUCCCUUCUCCGGCAUCUGCGUCGAGUCUUCUCGCCUAAGAAAAGGCCCUCUUCCCCAUCUACGGAGGAGGAGGCGAGGAAAGCACCGGUGAGCCCGCCUCAGACAUCGGCAGAUUUUAGCAUCGACGAUGGUCGCGCCAAUGAAAUCACUGAAACCCCGCAAAGCCCGUUGGAGAACUACGUGCGGGUGUUUAGAUACUUCGAUCAGAACGGCGACGGGAAGGUCUCCCCCUCCGAGCUGCGCAACUGCAUGAGGAAGGUGGGCGAGGAGCUCUCGGAGAAAGACGCAGAGGCGGUGGUGGGCAGCACCGACUCGGAUGGGGACGGGCUUCUGGGUUACGCCGACUUUGUGAGCCUGGUGGCGGUUGGCCGGGAAGAGGAAGAGGACGGCGAUCUCCGGGAGGUCUUCAGCAUGUACGAAAUGAAAGGGGAGGGUUGCAUCACCGCCGAGAGCCUUCGCCGGAUGCUCCGCCGCCUCGGGGACUACAAGACCGUCGACGAGUGUAAGGUGAUGAUCCGGCGGUACGAUCUCGACGGCGACGGUGUCCUCAGCUUUGAGGAAUUCAAGGUCAUGAUGCUGUAG